UUUGGCGCGUUAAAAGUAAACAAAUAUUUGCUGCAUGUACAUCACAAUAAAUGAAUUAAUAAUACAUUAAUAAAACUACAAUUGUAUAAUAAAAAUGAGUAAAUCAAAUAAAAUGUUUGCCGAUAAGGCAUUUGAAUUAAUUAAAGAAUUGGAAAGAUCCUCACAAACUAUACCAGCCUUUGACGACGACGGCGUUAGGCAAGUUUUGGAAGAAAUUAAAGCUAUAUUUGAAGAAAAUUGCGCUCAAGCUGCUAACUAUUCCACUUCUGGAGAUCGUACUUUAUGGCCUUUACUAAAUUUUCGUCAUGCCGCCUUGCAACGUAAUAAAAGAUGUCUCCUUACCUACUUGCAUCAACGUCUGCAGCGAAUUAAAGCUUUGCGUUGGGAAUUUGGUCCGAUCGUACCAUCCGAUAUCAAAACAAAUCUCUGCGAGCCAGAAGUAUCUUUUUUCAACAAGUAUUCGAAAUCGUUGGCCUCUUAUAUGCGUUCCAUAGGCGAUGGUCAAGGUAUAGAUUUAACGGGCGAUCUUCGACCACCAAAGUCAUUGUAUAUUGAAGUUCGAUGUGUUGAAGAUUUUGGAAAAUUUGAAUUAGAAGACGGUGAAGUAAUAUAUCUAAAGAAAAACAGUCAACAUUACCUACCAAGAUCACAGGUGGAAACAUUGGUACGACAAGGUAUUUUACAACAUAUUGUCUAAUAUAUAUUCCCUAUUUUUUUAAUAAUAAUAUAGAAAUUAUUUUUGUAUAAAUUAAA